AUGGCCCACCACCGGCGUGGUGACGAGGACGACCGCGGGCCCGGAGCAGCUUACCAGGCGUUUGUGGCCAUGGAGCGUUUGCUUGAUAAGUUGCACAUUUUAAACUACCAAGAUGAAGUCCUGGCAAAACACAACAUGAGGAACUUGUCCAGGCAUUACUUCGUGUCUAGUCCCUACCUGGAGUCCAAUCCUGGGGAGCAGUUUUACAUGUUCACCAUCAUCGCGGCGUGGCUCAUCAAUUUGGCGGGGAGGCCCUUCGACGAGCGGGUGGAGUACGGCGAACCCAGCGCGACCAUGUCGGACAUUCUCGCCGAGCUUCGGGCCUUCGACGUCCGGGUGGACUUCCCGCCCUCCAAACUUUUGUCCGGCUCGGGCGAGUACGUAUGCUUCGUUUUGGACAGGCUGGCCGAGGAAGCGCUUAAGAAGAAAGGCUUUGCCUUCAGGAGCCCGCAGUAUCCGACGGAAGACUCCGAAGAACACUACGUGGUGGAGGAAGAUUUGGAACUCAACGUAGAAGAAGAGGCCAUCGAGGAGCCGGACGACGACGAGGAGCACGCCCUGGACCUGGAGGCCUUGAAAUUGAGAAGCGCUCACACCGAAGCCAAGGUAUCCUGCGUCAACACAGAGAUCCUGCAGUCCAUGGUGGAUGCAGCCGAGUGGUACCUGGAAGUGGAGCGCGUUCUUCCCUAUCUUAAAGUCACCGUCAAGAACGACAACAAGGACUGGAGGAUCCACGUGGAGCAAAUGCACAGGCACCGGGACGGAAUCUCGUCCUCGUUCCGAGAGGCCAAAGGCUACCUGGAGAAGGUCCAGGAGGACAUCGGGAAGACCUUGGAGAAGGUCCGCAGCCGGGAGAAGUACAUCAACAACCAGCUGGAGAACUUGAUCCAGGAGUACCGUAGCGCUCAGGCCCAACUGUGCCAGGUCAAGGAACAGUACCGGCAGGCCAGCGAGGGCCUGACGGAGAAAGCCCGCGACCUGGCCAAUAUGGACGACGAGCUGAAAAGGGUGAAGCAGGAGAUGGAGGAGAGGAGUAGCAGCAUGUCUGACGGCGCGCCGCUGAACAACAUCAAGCGUUGCAUGGCCAGCCAGAAACAGGAGAUAAUCCAGCUGGACAAAAUGAUUGCCAGCCAACGUUUGCAGAUGAAGAAAUCUAUCGAGGUACAAAACUCUAACACCACGGUCUUGCCGGAGCAAACGUACUUUUCACACUCUUCAGACUUGUGGACUUGGGAUUCUUGA